AUGAAUGGGUCUCACUGGGUCGCCACAUAUGUUAAAAACAAUACGAUCAAUUAUUUUGACAGUUUUGUGAUGCCUGCUUUCCAGGAAAUUGUUGAUCAUGCUAGAAGCAAGAAUCUGACACUCCUACACCAGCACAACCAGAUAGAAAAUAUACUGACAACUACUUGUGGGUACUUCUUUUUGUACUUUUUCAAAGAAAUGAAUAACGGUACAACAUAUUAUGAUCUGUUAAGAGUAUUUAACAUCCAAAAUACAAUGAAGAAUGAGCGGUUCAUAGAGAAGUAUUUCAAAAUAGAGUAAUCGAUAUAUAUUUAUAUAUGAAUAAAUUCUGUGUAUAUUGCCAAGAAAUUACUCCACAUUAUGUGAAUGAAUAUGGAUGCCUAGAAUGUUGUAACUGCGAACCACUAAGUAGCAGUGAAAGUGAAGAUAAGUCGGAUAGCUCUGGCGGUGAUCCAACUUAUGUUCCAGACUCUUGUGAUUAUGAUAGUGAAUAAAUUUACAUACUGUAUAGUAGCGUUAAUAAUUGGGCUAUACUAGGGUAAGGGGGUUUAUGCCUCCACUUUUAUAUACACAUAUAGUAUCUAGAAAUGGCAAACAGGUUGCGUGCCGGACAGUGAAACCACUGUUAGAGCAAAGAAUGGCCGGCUGAUGAUGAAAUGCAAAUGUGCCUCUUGUGGAAUUACUAAGACUAAAUUCAUAAAGGGAAACUAAUGGGGCCCUCACUAGCUGAGGGCGAUUUAUUUGACACCGCUGUACGAACUUCUACUAAUCUAUUUGUAGAUCAUGCCCUACCUUAUAUGGCAAAAAAGAGUGUAGAAAUGGCAAGAUAUUAUGGUUCCAAAGCUCUGAGAAAUAAAAAUUUACAGAAGAAGGCUAUAAAUUAUGGACUGAAAAAGCUCACUACUGUGUUACAAAAAGUUGGGCCUGAAGCUCUUGAUCAAUUGUCAACAAAAAUUAGGCCAAAUAAAAACUAGAAAAUUGACAGAAAGAAUUUGGAUGGCGGAUCUAUACAACAAUUUAUUGACCAAUUGAGUGGAAUAGCAAAUGACCCAAAAAAGGUAAAGGCGUAUCAAAAACAAUUAGCUAAAUAUGCUUGGGAACAAGCUAAAAUCUUUGGCUAUCGGCUAAACCCAGGGCAGUUAGGAAUUGCGCCAAUGUUCCCCAAUAUUGUGCCAGUGAAAGGUACCACUAAUUUAAAGCCAGCACGAAUUAUGAAGGCAACUCCAGGAUCGGCACUGAUAGCACCUACAGGAUCUGGUAUUAUUGAUAAAGCCAACGAGAAGGGAACAACUAGUCUUGCAAAAGGAGGUAUCGCAGGGGGGCCUUAUCGUAUAGACUAUGAAAAAGGCAUAGAAUUGUUAAAAGAUCCAGACCUGUGGAAAAAACCCUCCAGGAAAGAAAUUGCUGAUAUGAAGCCACGUGUGGCCGCCUUGAAAAGAUCUUAUACUGCUGUAAAAACAUUGGGCUUCAAGGGAUCGUACACCAGCUUUGCAAAAAAGAUUGGAGCUGUUCAUAAGCCCUCUUAUACGUUUCCUGGAUUUGGAGGUGGAAUAGACAUUCAUAAGGCCAUAGGCAAAUUACCAAAACCUAAGGGCAGACGGACAUUGCCAGGGCAUAAAUACACCAGUCCAUACAACGAUUUGGAAAACCGAGUAUGGUAUAAUAAAGAUGGCGAAAUAAUACAUGUAUUCGAUAAACCAACAGGAAAAACAGAUGCCGUGGCCAUGCAGCAUGACAUUGAUUGUUCGAUCUGUGGUGAUGAUAAAAAGUCCAAACAUGAAGCUGACCGUAAGAUGGUAAAAUCACUUGACGCCAUACCAAAGAAAGAAAGACAAUGG